CUCGACUACACCGCACAAACUGGGCGAUGGUCACAGCAGUCUGCGCUUUAUUUGUGUAAGUCACCAUUUCACAAAUAACUGGAGAUUUUGUGGGGAAAGUCACCGAUUCAUUCCGCGUGUAGCUGUGUCAUGCUGUCAAAAUGAUAUGUCUUCGUGGUGUAUGAAAGAUAUUGAGAGAAAUGAAGUGCUGAUCGUACGAAGUUUCACUUCGUGUAUUUGUUGUGCUGUCGAGGUUUGCUAGCAGAAGCAACAGCAGAAAGAAAGCAGAAUGGUACAGAAUUACAAAUCACCCGUAAGGGUGUACAAGCACUCUUUUGAGCUUGUCAUGGCGGCAUAUCAGAAGAGAUUCCCCACCUGUAAAAUGAUACCCAUUUUCUUGGGCAGUGAGAUUUUGUCGGAGUACAAGAGUGAAGAUGGUGCCAUACAUAUCACGGAGAGACGAUGCAAGCUCAACAUGGAUGCUCCCUACCUACUGAAAAAGAUCGUAGGUGUGGAUUACAUUUACUUCAUCCAGAAGAAUUCUUUGAAUUGGCGUGAGAGGACGCUGAAGAUUGAGGCGUACAACGAGAGUUUCUCAUCAAGGAUUAUUGUCAUUGAAGGAUGUACAUAUUUUAUUCACCCUGAGAAUCCAGACUGGACGUGCUUUGAACAGACGGCUAGUCUUGAGGUCAAGUCGUUCUUUGGUUUCGAGAACACUGUUGAGAAGUUCGCCGUCAAACAGUAUGCAGCAAGUCUUAAAAAGGGUAAAGAGAUCCUUCUGUACUACAUCAAUGAGCUAAUAGAAGAAGGAUUCGAACCCGGACCCACCUGGGCUGAAGUCCACAAAGACGAUCCCAUCCAGCCGGCUUCCGACCACUCUGAUUCAGAACCAUCGUCUCAGAGUGAGGAUGAGACGGAGGAGGAGUCCAAGAAGAGGCUGACCCUUGAGGUGCCUCAAGCCAUCAGCGCCAACGGUAAACACAGCGAUGGACACCAUCACCGAAACCACCACCACCAUAUUUAUGGUAGUAGCGAGAGAGCAAAUGACACCCCAUCGACGUCUGGGCUAAGAGGAGGAGAAACAAGCACAAAGGUCCAUAUGAGGAGGAGGAGACUCGCAUCCAGUGCAAUGGAGAAGGGUGCGGUGGGAGGAAUGGGAUCAGAAGAAGAAGUCUCUAAGGUUGACGAGGAUUACAUUGAGCAGUAUCUUGGUCCAUUGACAUUGCUUCAAGAAAGCAGACUCAUUCAACUCAGAGAAUGGCUCAGUGAGACACAUAAAGGAAAGAUGCCUAAGGACAUGCAUCUGCUUCGUUUCCUGAGAGCGAGAGACUUCAACACAGAGAAGGCCCACGAGAUGAUCACCGCCUCCCUGGCCUGGCGGAAACAACAUCAGGUGGAUAAGAUACUCAGUACAUGGGUGCCACCAGAGAUUCUACUCAUGUCAUUUGCAGGGGGAUGGCACUACCAUGACAGUGAUGGGCGGCCCCUCUACAUUGUACGGCUUGGUCAGAUGGAUGUGAAAGGUUUGAUCAAAGCGGCUGGAGAAGAGGCUAUCCUAAGACAUGUCUUGUCGAUCAAUGAGGAAGGCAUGAGGAGAACAGAAGAAGCCACAAAGAAAGCUGGUCGACCAAUAAGUUCGUGGACAUGCCUAGUGGAUUGCGAGGGUCUUUCAAUGCGCCAUCUGUGGCGACCAGGCGUCAAGGCUCUCCUCCGCAUGAUAGAAGUGGUGGAAGCCAACUACCCUGAGACGAUGGGCAAGCUUCUCAUCGUCCGAGCCCCGAGGGUCUUCCCCGUCAUCUGGACCCUGGUGUCCCCUUUCAUCGACGAGAACACAAGGCAGAAGUUCUUGAUCUACGGGGGAAAGAAUUACAUGGAGCAUGUUGGUGGUCUGCCGGACCAUAUUGAACAACAGUAUAUUCCUGACUUCCUGGGAGGGGAUUGCUUUUGUGAUAUCCCAGAGGGUGGUCUGAUCCCAAAGACGUGUUACCGCUCCAUGGAGGAUCUUCAGAAUCCAGAUGAGCUACCACUCUGCUCAGAGACUAUCUACAAGUCUGCAACGCUGCAGAAAGGGCUCCCUCAAGAGGUUGUGGUUCACAUAACGGACAUGCACCAAGUUCUGACCUGGGAUUUUGACAUCCUACGAGGGGACGUGGUUUUCUCAGUCCUGAUGUCCAGACAUCCGCUGACCGUCCACAAAGAGCCCAUGGGUCCCAUGGGACUGACCAAUACCGUGGUCAUUGAUAAGUCCAUGGUGUGUGGGGUGGACUACAGGCAGGUGGAGCUUCCGCUGAUUUGCAGGGCUGGAGCUAGCAUACAGGGUACUCACGUGUGUCAGGCGACAGGAUGGUAUAUCCUGCAAUGGAAGUUUUACAGCAAUGCUAAUCAGACCAAAGCAGACCAGGCGAAGGCCCAUCAACAAGGCAAGGGACAUCACCACCACCAUAAGUCAAAGGUCAUGUACUACUACGAAGUCUUAUCCCACGAAGAUUUCAGGGGCUCGAUGAGCAGCUUGAAAUCUGGCCACAGCGGUUUCUCAGCACUGAGCAUCAGUAGCACUGGCUCCAGCAAGGCCAGCGCCUCAAGCUCCCAGGUGUCCCGGUGACAAUCACAUCGCCACGAUUCUUAGCUCUUUUAAAGAAAAAAACUGUUCCUAUGAAAACAUAGCACACUUCAAAACGCUGUCAAUACCCUCAGAACGACCCCCGUUUAUAACCAAGCAAACUGUUCACUGUUCAUCCUCUUGGACCAAUAUCGGACACACUCCACCUUCAUUCGGAGUGAUUUCCCACCCCCUGGAAAAAAGAAUGACUUGGAGGAGCAGGGCAUUCCCCCUGGAAUGAGAACGUCACGAUGAACAUGUGCUGUAAAUCUAAACACAGGAUUUUGUAUAUUUGUGUGUAUGCGUACUACUGCCGCUCUUUAUGUGUGUUUCAGUCCGACAAUAACCUCAGUACCCGAACAUUGUGGCAACUUGCCGCAUGAUCGAAGUGAAUAUUGUGGCUACUGGCGUUUCAAGUCGGCAGUCUAAAAUGUCUAUGCUAUCUACCUGGCAAAAAAUGCUAGAGUGUAGUUGGGCUUUUCUCUAUGUUUCGAGGAACCCAAUGUAUAGAUGUAACACUUCAUGAAUCAUCUCAUUACUGAGUUUAGUCCUGCUAUCAGGACUUUGUGCCAAGAUAUUUCCUAAAAGCUCAACGCUUGCCAGUAGCUGCAACUACAACCUCAUCAUAACGUAUAAAGCCAGCCAGAAGUCAUUGGCCAAACUAUGGCAUCGGCAGUGACUACCGCCGGAUCGCUUAAAAGGACUAUUCUUCAAGGUUGUUGCUACAGCCAGCAGUCAGAGCCAAAGACGAUUGAUUCAGAUAUGACCUUCUCCUCUACUGGGGGUCAUGAUUGGUGAGGUCAAACAAGUUCAACGCCUUUAAAGUCGACACCCAUAGACUAAAUUUAUAAUACUACAUUACCUGCUGGAGUGUUGGUCCAAUAAUACCUUCUUAUCCCACCAUUAUGUAUAGCAUAAUCAAAGUAAAGUUCAAAGUUCACACAAGACGGUAGAGCAAAUUGGAACGUGAGAACCAUGCGCUUGUAAACUAUCCCCAAGUACACGGAGACCUCUUGUGAAGUUCAAACCGCCUUCCAGAAAAGCGGUUUAUAUUCUUCACAUUACUGGAAAGCUCUGUUAAAGAAAGAGGCUCAUAUAACACAUCCUUUUUCAUCUGGCAACUCACACCUGUUAUCUUCAUGUGAUUCCUUUUCUAAACAGUGAACUUAAAUGGAUCAUGCACAAACCAGUAGGCCUGCUGACUGCCCCAGGCAGAUUAAACUGCUCAUCCAAUAGGUUUAAUGACCUAAGUAAUUCAAUGUUAACUCACCCACUCACUAAAAAGGAUGUAUACAUGUACUUUGGAAUUUUUGUGGCAAAACUUUAAAAUUCUUUAAUGGAGCUUUCCCAUAACGACCAGUGUGAACUGAAUCAUGAUGUGUAAGAACAUGACCAUUUUAAACUUUUCAAAUCACAAAAAAAAGUCACUGCCUACAUAUUUGUGACAGUUAAAUACCUUUUCACUAAAGACACUCCCACUACACCAACUGCUUUACAAAAAUGCACUUACGCAAGACGGGCAUGUAGGGUUUCGCCCCUUGAUGAUGAAUCCAGUGUACUUGCACCACCAUCAACAAAAAUACGCUGUGAAGCUCUCUUGAUGGUGGCAGCUUGCUUACACUUUGUGGGACUUCAACAAAUUUGAUUUUUGUCCGACUUUUGCGCCUAGCUGAGAUUCCGAAUGGUCGAUUCUGAUUGGUCUAUUAUACGAACCCUUUAUUUUCCCGGUGCAGUAAAUGGAAUUCGUUUGAGACAAAAGGGGUUAUAGUCUGUUGUUUUGAAUUGCAAUUAUUAAUUGAAAUGAUUGUGUAGUGUACAUACUAUCCAGUAGUUCUCAGGGCAUUAUUAUGUAUUGCUACCACCGAGAACGAAUCAAUCAUGUAUCAUGUGUUGACGUUCUACUGUGUGUGGUAAAACUAAUUUUCAGUGUGUGGCUAAAGGCAAGUCACACUGCAGCGAUAACCAAAACGAUAACAAUCACGACGCAAAGAUAAUGCAUUCUAUUGGUUGAAUUGCUCCACGCAGAAUACACACACGCUAAUUCAACCAGUAGACGGGUGGCAUGGUGGGCUUGUGCGUAAAGCGCUCGUCCUCACACCAAGGUGACCCCGGUUUGAUUCAGGGCCUUAUGUGCGUUGGU